GCCCCCCUAGGGCGGAGACUUCCGGAGCUGCGGACUCACUGGAGCCGAGAACUGGGGCGGAGCGGCGCGGCGCGGCGCGGCUCGGUGCGUUUCCAGGCGCCGCUCUCCGCCGCAGAGAACCCUGAGCUCGGCGCUCCGAGAGUCCCAGCAGGGCAAGGGGGCGCGGCGUCCUGGUCCUCGAGCUUGGGAGACAGAUGCGCAUGGGCGUGGGGGCAUGCGGACCUAAGCUCGGGUGAAGCUCUCGGGAAGGGCAAGACUGCGGCGACGAGAUGCGAGCAGAGGAGCCCUGCGCCCCCGGGGCCCCCAGCGCCCUGGGAGCCCAGCGCGCGCCGGGCCCCGAGCUGCGCCUGUCCAGCCAGCUGCUGCCCGAGCUCUGUACCUUCGUGGUGCGCGUGCUGUUCUACCUGGGGCCUGUCUACCUAGCUGGCUACCUGGGGCUCAGCAUAACCUGGUUGCUGCUCGGCGCCCUGCUGUGGAUGUGGUGGCGCAGGAACCGCCGCGGGAAGCUUGGGCGCCUGGCCGCCGCCUUCGAAUUCCUUGACAAUGAACGCGAGUUCAUCAGCCGCGAGCUGCGGGGCCAGCACCUGCCAGCCUGGAUCCACUUCCCAGACGUGGAGCGGGUCGAGUGGGCCAACAAGAUCAUCUCUCAGACCUGGCCCUACCUAAGCAUGAUCAUGGAAAGCAAGUUCCGGGAGAAACUUGAGCCCAAGAUCCGAGAGAAGAGCAUCCACCUGAGGACCUUUACCUUUACCAAGCUCUACUUUGGACAGAAGUGUCCCAGGGUCAACGGUGUCAAGGCACACACUAAUACGUGCAACCGAAGACGUGUGACUGUGGACCUGCAGAUCUGCUACAUCGGGGACUGUGAAAUCAGUGUGGAGCUGCAGAAGAUUCAGGCUGGUGUGAACGGGAUCCAGUUGCAGGGCACCCUGCGGGUCAUCCUGGAGCCCCUCCUAGUGGACAAGCCCUUUGUGGGAGCUGUGACUGUAUUCUUCCUUCAGAAGCCGCACCUACAGAUCAACUGGACUGGCCUGACCAACCUGCUGGAUGCGCCGGGAAUCAAUGAUGUGUCAGACAGCUUGCUGGAGGACCUCAUUGCCGCCCACCUGGUGCUGCCCAACCGUGUGACUGUGCCUGUGAAGAAGGGGCUGGAUCUGACCAACCUGCGCUUCCCUCUGCCCUGUGGGGUGAUCAGAGUGCACUUGCUGGAGGCAGAGCAGCUGGCCCAGAAGGACAACUUUCUGGGGCUCCGAGGCAAGUCAGAUCCCUACGCCAAGGUGAGCAUCGGCCUACAGCAUUUCCGGAGUAGGACCAUCUACAGGAACCUGAACCCCACCUGGAACGAAGUGUUUGAGUUCAUGGUGUACGAAGUCCCUGGACAGGACCUGGAGGUGGACCUGUAUGAUGAGGAUACCGACAGGGAUGACUUCCUGGGCAGCCUGCAGAUCUGCCUUGGAGAUGUCAUGACCAACAGAGUGGUGGAUGAGUGGUUUGUCCUGAAUGACACAACCAGCGGGCGGCUGCACCUGCGGCUGGAGUGGCUUUCAUUGCUUACUGACCAAGAAGUUCUGACUGAGGACCAUGGUGGCCUUUCCACUGCCAUUCUCGUGGUCUUCUUGGAGAGUGCCUGCAACUUGCCGAGAAACCCUUUUGACUACCUGAAUGGUGAAUAUCGAGCCAAAAAACUCUCCAGGUUUGCCAGAAACAAGGUCAGCAAAGACCCUUCUUCCUAUGUCAAACUAUCUGUAGGCAAGAAGACACAUACAAGUAAGACCUGUCCCCACAACAAGGACCCUGUGUGGAGCCAGGUGUUCUCCUUCUUUGUGCACAAUGUGGCCACUGAGCGGCUCCAUCUGAAGGUGCUUGAUGAUGACCAGGAGUGUGCUCUGGGAAUGCUGGAGGUCCCCCUGUGCCAGAUCCUCCCCUAUGCUGACCUCACUCUUGAGCAGCGCUUUCAGCUGGACCACUCAGGCCUGGACAGCCUCAUCUCCAUGAGGCUGGUGCUUCGGUUCCUGCAAGUGGAGGAACGAGAGCUGGGGAGCCCAUACACAGGACCUGAAGCCCUAAAGAAAGGCCCUCUGCUCAUCAAGAAAGUGGCUACCAACCAGGGUCCCAAAGCCCAACCUCAGGAAGAAGGCCCUACAGAUUUGCCAUGUCCCCCAGACCCUGCUUCUGAUACUAAGGACGCAUCCAGGAGUACCACAACCACCACCAGUGCUACCACCGUUGCCACUGAGCCCACAUCCCAAGAGACAGGCCCAGAGCCUAAAGGCAAGGACAGUGCCAAAAGGUUCUGUGAGCCCAUCGGGGAGAAGAAGAGUCCAGCCACCAUCUUCCUGACUGUCCCAGGUCCCCACUCUCCAGGGCCCAUCAAGUCACCCAGACCCAUGAAAUGCCCUGCCUCCCCAUUCGCAUGGCCGCCCAAGAGGCUGGCUCCCAGCAUGUCCUCGCUCAACUCCUUGGCCUCUUCUUGCUUUGACCUGGCAGAUAUCAGCCUCAACAUUGAAGGUGGGGACUUCAGGCGACGGCAGCUGGGCGAGAUUCAGCUCACAGUGCGCUAUGUGUGUCUGCGGCGCUGCCUCAGCGUGCUAAUCAAUGGCUGCAGAAACCUAACACCAUGUAACAGCAGUGGAGCUGAUCCCUACGUCCGUGUCUACUUGUUGCCAGAAAGGAAGUGGGCAUGUCGUAAGAAGACUUCAGUGAAGCGGAAGACCUUGGAACCCCUGUUUGAUGAGACAUUUGAAUUUUUUGUUCCCAUGGAAGAAGUAAAGAAGAGGUCACUAGAUGUUGCAGUGAAAAAUAGUAGGCCACUUGGCUCACACAGAAGAAAGGAGUUAGGAAAAGUACUGAUUGACUUAUCAAAAGAAGAUCUGAUUAAGGGCUUUUCACAAUGGUAUGAGCUGACUCCAAAUGGACAGCCCAGAAGCUGAUGAUGAGAAUUCUUAUCACUCACCUUUAUAUUAAAAUGUAUAUAUAUGUAUAUAUUUUUUCCUUUGGAUCACUUACAUCCAAUAUAUGUAUAUUUUGUCAUUUAAAUCAGAACAACCACUUGAAAUUAUAUACAUAUAAUUCUUGUGUGGAAUUUAACUCCAUGACUGAAUAGCAUAAGGAAGAGGUUAUUUAAAAGCAAGAACUACUUUUUUUGGUUGGAUUUUUUUGUUCAAGUCCAGAAAGAAAUGUUAUAUUUGUGCCUACUAAAUUAUCCAAACCUCAGUGUUUAUAUACUUAAACAAGUGCCACUUUUUAGUAGGUAAUUAUAUACCAUCUGAUUUAGGACUUACCUGAAUGUAUGUACCAGAAAGUGUCCUGCCUCUGGCAUAGGCGCUGGGGGAGGUCUGUUUCUGGAGCCACUACCAGCAUUCCUGGGCAGUGACUGGCCAAAGGGAAGUCACUUUUUUAUGGAAAUAGAAAGUGACCCAACUCAAAACUGCCAAGAGCUAACACUGCCAAAGCCUUUCUGGCUGCCACCUGUGGUACUUGUAUGCCUGGAUAUUUGUUCUUUUAUUUGACCUGGAGCUAAAAAUGUAUUUCCCUACUGGCAAAAAUGUUAUACUGAUAUACUUAAAUACCUUGAGUUAAAUACUCUUGUGUAGUCUAAGGGCCAAACUCCAGCGUGUAGCAUUAUUUCCGUAGAAAAAUGCAAACCAAGUUCCAAACCCAGGUCUAUGUCUGACUCUCAUAGCAAAGCACUGGAGACUGCUGAAGAGUGUCACCAUCAGAGAAAAGGAAGCUUUCAGAUAAGUUUAGGCUAUUCACCUUUUCUAAAGAGAUGGUUGGUUCACCUAAAUAACAUGUUAAAAGCAAAAUAUGUAAAUUAUAUGCUUAAACAAGCGCCUCUUUUACAUUUCAGACUUUACAAGACCAAAUAUACUUCUCAUCCCCUCCAACAUUCCUGGACCUCCUCUUCUCUCUUACCAACACAGACGACACUACCUGCCGUCAGUUUUCUGUCUCUGCCUCUGCCUUCACUGCCACUUUUCUGAAGCAGGGCAACAUUCGAGAACAAAGUUUUGUCAUGUUACUCUUAUUCCAGUUUUCUGCUAUCUGAUUCACAUGCAGAUGUUCUAUUCCAGAAUAGUCCAAAUACUAUGCUCUGCCGACUCAAGUCAUGUCUCAAACCUAUUUCCUCUAUUAAGUCAGUCAAUCCAUAGUGAAAUGGACUCUUCCCACCGCCUGUAGCAUUUACUGUUGAUACUGAGUAUUUUCCAUUUUAAUAGUUCCCAGCCUUGAUAACACUUAAGUUUUAAGAAAUGUUGAUUAGGCAUCUGCUAAGGUUACAUGCUAAGCAGCUACUUAUAUUGUAUUUGGUAUUUAAUAUUUGUUUAUUCUCCAAUUGAACAGUAGGGAACAAUUCAAGCUACUUGAAUUGUUUUUCACCCUCACCAUCCAAGACCGUGUUAAGUACAUAGAAGAUGCAUGGUGAAAUUCGUUUCUGCUGAGGUUUCUAUUUUAAAUGGCAAAUUCUCAUAAUAAAAUGGAGCAUUGAUGCCUA